AUGUUGCGUUCGAGUGUUGCCGUUCCAGCUGCGGUUCAUCCUUCUUCUCAUCGCACGGGGAGGAAGAUCGAAGGAAAAAGAGCUGGAGUAAUCAAUAGGAACCCCCAGUCUGCUCAUCAAUCGGUUGAUGAAGGGAAACCUCAAAUGGGAGACCUACUCACAUCAAAUCCCUGCAACACUACCUUCCUGUUCAAUCCCUACGGUUCUCACAUUUCGGGGCAAGAAUUGGGAGAUGAUAUAUCAUGGAUCAUCCAGCCACAAAGGCUUGAUAACUGGAAAGCGUUUGCCAUUGACAACAAUUUGAAGGUUGGUGAUUCAUGUGUGUUUGAACAACUGGAGUGCAGCAGUACUAGGCUAGUAUUCAGAGUCCAAAUUCUCAGAGGUGACAUCCCAUUUGAAUUUCUAGACAAGCUCGAUGGUGAUAAUGUAGAUGCACCAAUUGUUCUCGAAUAG